AUGGAUCAACAAAAUUAUAUCUUACCAAAGGACAACACUGGCUUUGUGAACGUUUAUACCGACGGUGCAUGUUCAGGCAACGGAAGGACAUCUCCAAAAGGUGGUAUCGGUGUUUUCUUUGAAGACAAUCAUCCUUUAAACAUAUCUGCUCCUCUCAUUGGUAAACAAACAAACAAUCUUGCCGAAAUACAAGCUGCCACUCAAGCCGUGAUCCAAGCAAAGAAAGCUGGUAUAUCGAAACUUAGAAUAAAUACAGAUUCUAAGUAUCUAAUAAAUAGUUGUACCGAGUGGAUUCCUCGUUGGAAAGAAAACGGCUGGAUUUCAUCAUCUGGAAGACCUGUAAAAAACAGAAAGGCAGUGGAAAUUUUAGAAAACACAACAAAGAAUUUAGAAAUCAAUUGGACACACGUACCUGGACAUCAAGGUCAUCCUGGAAAUUCUAAAGCUGAUGAACUAGCUAGAAAAGGAAUUGAAAAACCUAUUUCUGAUGACUUCUAG